UCUCUUUAUCAUGUGUGCUCUCAGAAGAUGAAUAGUAGAAUUACAAAUGAUUCUACAGCAGAGCCAGAACAAGAGCUAUGCACAUCACUCCAUCAUGUCCCGAUGCUCUGAUUGAUCAAUUCUGCCAGAAGACACACCGUUAAAGACCAGUGCUGAAUGGAACCAGACAAAGUGAGGACUAAGAGAGAAAAGUCCUCUGUUGUCUGUGGGUGAGGCCCUGGUCCAUGAGAGAAUCAUGUUCCUUCAGCUCUGCCUGUGGAUGUUGCUCUUACUCUCUGUAUGGUCACCAACUGCACAUGCUAGGUACAGUAGCCCUCCAGAAGUAGUGAUACCCUUGAGGGUCACUGACCCUAGUACACAUGAUGUUUCCCCAGACUGGCUCUGCUAUAGUCUGCGCUUUGGAGGAGAGAGACAUAUUAUCACCAUGAAACCCACAAAAUACUUCGUAUCCAGGAACUUCCUACUGUUCACAUACAAUGACAAAGGUGAUCUCCUUGAAGAACAGCCUUUUGUACAGAAAGAUUGCUACUACCAUGGCUAUGUAGAUGGAGAACCUGAAUCCAUGCUCAUUAUUAACACCUGUUUUGGGAGUUUGCAAGGCAUAAUAGAGAUUAAUGGCACAGCUUAUGAAAUCAUGCCCAAGAACCAAACAUCCACAUUUGAACAUCUGGUAUACAAAAUAGACAGUGAGGACUCAGAAUCAUUUUCUAUGAGAUGUGGGUUAACAGAAGAAGAGAUAGCACAACAAAUGAAGAUUCAAGAAAGCAAAGACUCCACACUUAUGCAAAGCCAAUAUGAGAAUUGGUGGACCCACCACAAGUAUGUUGAAUAUUAUGUGGCAGUAGAUAAUAAACGAUAUGUUUACAAAAAUAAUAAUGUCACAGCUUGUUUGCAGGAAAUGUUGCAAGUUGUCAAUGCAAUAAAUGGUUUUUAUCUUCAGAUAGAUGUUGAGGUGGUUUUAACUACACUGGAAGUUUGGACUCAAAGAAACCAUGUCAACGUAACAGAAUCUAUAAGAGAGGUCCUACCUAAUUUCUGCCGUUGGAAGAUGAAAAACGUUGACAAUCACAUUAGAAAUGAUGUUGCACAUCUUUUUGCCAGGCAAGGAUACAGUGGGUUAUUAGGACUAGCUUAUUUAGGUACAGUUUGCACAGAUAUUAGUUGUGCAGUUAAUAGUUUCAUGACAGAUUCAGUUCAAGACAUGGCAUUCAUUAUAGCACAUGAGAUGGGUCAUAAUUUGGGUAUGCCUCAUGAUAAGAAUUAUUGUGCUUGUGGAUUACCUAAGUGCAUAAUGGCCCCAGCAAAAUCUAAUUACCCUAGAUUCAGCAACUGCAGUUAUGAGAAUAUGUAUUCAGUAAUUACGGGGAAAGAAUGUCUAUACAAUAUUCCAGAUAAAAUAGAAACAACUAACUUCGCCUUGUGUGGGAAUACUUUAGUUGAAGAAGGAGAGCAGUGCGACUGUGGAACCUCUGAAUCAUGUGAGAGUGAUCCAUGCUGUGGUGAAGACUGUGUUUUCAAGUUGGGUGCUGAAUGUGCUUCUGGACGUUGUUGCAAAGAUUGCAAGAUCAUGCCAGCAGGUACCUUGUGUAGAGACGAGAACAAUGAAUGUGACCUUCCAGAGUGGUGUAAUGGAACUUCAGGUAAGUGUCCAGAAGAUGUAUACAUGGAAGAUGGAAGCCCUUGCGGAGGAGAUAGUUAUUGCUAUAAUAGGACAUGUCAUAAACGCGAAGAACACUGUCAGAUGCUUUUUGGCAGGAGUGCCAAGAGUGCAGAUGAGACUUGCUACAUGGAAAUGAACACACGGGGUGAUCGUUUCGGUAACUGUGGUAAUGACAGCCUUAAGUACAGAAGAUGUGAUAAUGCUGAUGUACUCUGUGGACGAAUUCAGUGUGAAAAUGUGGAAGAGAUUCCACAGAGGAGAAACCAUGAAACAGUGCAUUGGACUCACUUCAAUAAUGUCACCUGCUGGAGUAUGGACUAUCAUUUUGGAAUUGCCAUAGAGGACAUCGGAGCAGUGAGAGAUGGCACAGCUUGUGGUCCAGGCCUUAUAUGCAUUGACAGGAAGUGUGUCCCUAAGUCUGUUUUGUUAAGUAAUUGUUCAGCAUACCAAUGCAAUAUGAAAGGAGUCUGCAACAAUAAACAUCACUGCCAUUGUGAUAUCCAAUGGAAGCCACCAGACUGUCUACUAAAUGGCUUUGGAGGUAGUGUAGACAGUGGACCACCACCAAGGACAUAUACUGAAGAGACUUCCCAUGGAGGUAUGAUAGUGCUAGGUUUUUUUAUUAUUUUUUUUAUUUUCUUAAUUUUCUUGAUUGUUCUAGUCAUAAUUAGGGGAUCAAACCAAGAACCAGAAGACAUGGGAGAAAAUGAAACUUACAGCCACACCUCCUUUAACUGAAAAUUCACCUGAUAAUUUACCUCAGAAACAUGACAAAAACAAAAAGAAAAAAAAUGAGAGAAAGCAUAAGAAAAUACAUACUCCCUAGGAAACUCAUCAUGUGUUAAUUUGUAGACAUCUGAACCUAGAAAUAUCACUGUGUGAGUAAGAUAUCCAAACCAAGAAAUUCUGGAG